GCAAAGCUACCUGCCCUACACGUGGCCGGCACAUUGCCAGCACCGAGCCCACGGGCAUCCCGCUGUGCCGGGGCCACGCGCUGUGGGAUGAGCUGUGGCGGGGCUACGGGCAGCACGUCCAGCACUUCAAGGUGCUCAGGGAGAGGAAUGGCAAAUAUUUCCUCUGGGAGGAAAAGUUCAACUCCCUCAACGAGCUGGUGGAUUUCUACAGGACGACCACCAUAGCCAAAAAGCAGCAGAUCUUCCUCCGGGACGAGGACCAGACCCAGGAGGUGAGGAGACCCAAAUUCGUGCAAGCCCAGUUUGACUUCUCGGCCCAUGACGGCUCCCAGCUGCCCUUCUUCCGCGGGGACAUCAUCGAGGUCCUGGACUGCCCCGAUCCCAACUGGUGGCAGGGGAAGAUC